GGGCCUGUACUACGAACGGAGUUCAACCUACUUAGAACUAACUCAGGGUUUCCGCGGUAACCCGGGGUUGACUAAACCUGGACAUCUUGAUUGGUCUUAAACGGUACUACGACGCUGAUUAUGAAGUUGAUCAGCUGAACCUGUGUUCACUCAACCAGAGUUACUGCGCGUUCACAUAAAAGGGGUGGUACCAGCGCAAAAAAACACUCUCGAUCAUGGCGGGCUCUCCCUAUUUCACAGAAGAGGAAUGCGAGAUCAUAAUGAGGAGUUAUGAAGAGUAUAAACCGACCCUGGCUGCUAAAUCCAACACCGCGGCAGCAAACAAGGCGCGACUGGGGUGUUGGCAGCAAAUUACAGACCGCGUAAAUUCAGGUACCAGCAGCGCCAAACGGACCUGGCAGCAGGUGAAGAUGAAGUACAAAAACAUCAUUCAGAAUGCCAACAAGAAGAAGGUAGAAAUAAGGCGCACAGGAGGAGGGAGGGCACCAGACUCCUUUACUCUUGCUGAAGAGUUGGCCCUAGCCAACAACAGUGGCAGGGUGAUGAUGGAUGGGGUGGCAGGGGUACAGUCUAACCCUGGGGCAGCUGAAAUGUCCACCCUCUAUGUGCAAGUCGAGGGUGGAAACAUCACAACCCUGCAGCCACCAGGAUGCAUUCAUCCUCUGACACAGGAUGAUGAUGAUGAUGAUGAUGAUGACGAGACCCUCACAGCCCCCUCCGACACACACAUGCAGGAGGACUUGGAGGAGCUUUCCCUCCUGAAGCCUCCCUCCCAGGGACCUCACAGUCAGACAAAGUACAGUUUCUCCUUCCUUGUUUAA